AUGUUUUACUCAGAGGCUAUUCUAUCUAAAAAGGGGCCACUUGCUAAAGUAUGGUUGGCUGCACAUUGGGAAAGAAAACUUAGUAAAACACAAUUUUUACAAACAAAUAUACAAACAUCAGUUGGGGCAAUACUUGGUGGAGACCAACCUCCGAUGGCUUUAAGAUUAUCAGGACAAUUAUUACUUGGUGUUGUUAGAAUAUAUUCACGUAAAGCGAAAUAUUUGUUAGAAGAUUGUACUGAAGCCCUUUUAAAAAUAAAAAUGGCAUUUAGACCUGGUGAAGUUGAUAUUCCAGAGGAUCAACGAGUUGCGAAUUUUGAAUCUAUCACAUUACCCGAAAAUAUUACAGAGUUUGAUAUAUUAUUACCCGAUCCACAAUUAAAUUUAAGUCAAUGGUCAGAAGUUAUUACCACCGCAACAAGUUCCAAUAUAUCAAGACCGCAAGAUAUUACUAUUACAGAUAAUUUUGAUAUUACAAUGGAUUCAAAUAUUCCUGCGGUUGAUUUAUUAAUAGGCUUGGUGGAUGGGAAAGGACUCGAUUUUGACUUUGAUGAUGAAAUUGAUCCAAAGUCGACAGAUAUUAUUGAUGAAGAAGUUGGCGGUAGUGGUGAUGUUGCUAGUGAAGAAGGAUCGGAGUCUCCAGAGAAAGCACGUGAGCGUCUUUCUGAACCUCCUAUUGUUAUAGAUGAGUUGAUUGAAAAGAGUCCUAUAGGCGACGAACAAUACCCAAUGGAAGGAAUAACUGAAAAUUACAUUGAGCCUCCUAUAUUUAGUCCAAUAUCUCAACAAAGCCUUGAAAGACAAGUUUUGGAUGAGGUAACAGAACUAACAAAUAAACAUAUUUCAAAUCAAAUCAAAGAUACUUCUGAUAUCUUGAUAGAGCCUACAUUUUUGCCCGCUUCACAUAAAUUAUUACGUAUAGGAGAAAUACGUCAAAUGGGUCCUUACUACUUCCUUGAUAUGACAGCACCACAUAAUAUCAAUCCUAACUUCAAGUAUCUAUUUGAAGGGAAACGUCAAAGAGAGACAACACCGCCUAUAGAAGAAGAAUCUGAUGUGGCAUCAUAUCCAGAACCAAUGUUUGAUACAGAUUUUCCUGAUGUGCCGGAAAAUGAAAAAACAAUCAACAAUAAUAUUACCAGUGAUAAUGAUAAUGGUAAUCUUAAUAUCAAUAAUACUACUAAUAACAAUAAAAAUGACGAAUCAAUGUUUGUUGCAAAAGUUCCUGAUGUACCAACUACUCCUUCUAAUGAACAAGACGAAACACAGGAACAACCAAUAACAGGUAGUGAGGCAUCAUUCAGUAAAAAUACAAUUAAUGCAAUGAAACUUUUGAAAAGCAAAUGCCCUGAACAAGAACAAGUAAGUGGUAAAGUUUCCAGUGAAUCAACCAAGUCAAGGCCAGCAGUUGUAAGCUUUGAAGAUUUUGUUGGAGUGGCCAAGCGACAAGAAGUUGUAAAGUUGUUUUUUGAAUUGUUAGUGCUGAAUACAAAAGACGUUAUUCAACUACAACAAAAACAACCUUAUGGUGAUAUUGAGAUCUUGUGCAAGAAAAAUUUAUCUGAUUUACUUGAUGAUGGAGAAAAGUCAAUUUCUAAUUAG